AUGACACCACCUGGACAUCUCUACCUCCCAAGGGUGCAUGGCACCCCCCUCCGCCUCCUCCUUCUGGGGCUGCUGCUGGCCCUGUUGCCUGGGACCCAGGGGCUCCCUGGUGUUGGCCUCACACCUUCAGCUGCCCAGACUGCCCAUCAGCAGCUCCAGAAGCAUUUCACCCCCAGCACCCUCAAACCUGCUGCUCACCUCAUUGGAGACCCCAGCAAGCAAGACUCACUACACUGGAAAGCAAACAUAGACUACGCCUUCCUCCAAAAUGGCUUCUCUUUGAGCAACAAUUCCCUCCUGGUCCCUGCCAGUGGUGUCUACUUCAUCUAUUCUCAGGUGGUCUUCUAUGGACAAGCCUGCCCCCCUGAAGCCACCCUCAGCUCUUUGUACCUGGCCCACGAGAUCCGGCUCUUCUCCUCCCGGUAUUCCUUCCAGAUUCCUCUUGUCACCUCCCAGAAGACCAUGUGCCCAGGGGCCCAGGGACCUUGGCUGCACUCGAUGUACCAUGGGGCUGCAUUCCUGCUCACCCAGGGAGACCAGCUGUCCACUCACACAGUUGGCAUCUCCCACCUAUUCCUCACCCCCAGUAGUGUCUUCUUUGGAGCCUUUGCUGUAUAG